UGCGACCUUCCCAAGAUGGCGGCGUGUGCGCUCGUACGCGCCGGCGUCACAUCCGGUGAGGUGUGUCGUGAAGCGGGCGGUUGCCCUGGGAGAUUGCCGUCAGUGAGUUGCGGAGUCACCAUGGCCGGGCCCCUGGAGCAGGCGGUGACUAUGUUGGAGCAGCUCCGCAGCGAAUGGAGCCGCAAGAACCCGAACCUCCGCAAGUGCGAGGAGCUGCUCGGGAAACUCAAGGUGGCUCUGCUGGAACUGAACUUUUUACCUACGUCAGGCUCCAAGCUGACCAAGCGACAGCUCAUUCUAGCCCGGGACGUUUUGGAAAUUGGAGCCCAAUGGAGCAUCCUGAAGAAGGAUAUCCCAUCGUUUGAGCGUUACAUGGCACAGCUCAAGUGUUAUUACUUCGACUACAAGGAUGAAUUGCCAGAGUCGGCUUACAAGCACCAGCUUUUGGGUCUGAACCUGCUGUUCCUUCUGUCUCAGAAUCGUGUGGCUGAGUUCCACACCGAACUGGAGCGACUGCCUGCCAGGGACAUCCAGACCAACGUCUACAUCAAACACCCGGUCUCACUUGAGCAGUAUCUAAUGGAAGGCAGCUACAACAAAGUUUUCCUGGCAAAGGGAAACAUUCCUGCUGAGAGCUACACCUUCUUCAUUGACAUCCUGCUCGAUACCAUUCGGGACGAAAUUGCCGGCUGCAUCGAGAAGGCUUAUGAGAAUAUAUUAUUCAACGAAGCUUCAAGGACACUGUUUUUCACCUCACCCAAGAAAAUGACGGAAUAUGCCAAGAAGCGUGGCUGGCUCCUGGGUCCUGAUAACUAUUACUCGUUUACCAGUCAGCAGCAGAAACCAGAGGAGGUCACGAUCCCAUCCACAGAACUGGCCAAGCAAGUCAUCGAAUACGCCAGGCAUCUAGAAAUGAUUGUCUAAUAGAGAGAGAGAAAGGACUGUUUUUGGGCUUGGGGGACCUGGUUGGGAGGGGAGGGGGGGGCUUUUUUUUUUUCCCUGUUUGGGAUUGGGAGGUAAUGUCUGGUUUGGGAUGUGGAAGAGAGUCCUUGGAUCUGCUCCAGCCUGAUCCAGAAUAUUGCCAAUGUUGGGUGAACUAAGAGUGUGCCAGGAACUGGUCCUGAAUUAGGCCACCAACUGGGCACUCUGCACACUGUUUUUGAUAUCUGUACCGUUAGGAUAUGAUGGUGUGGGACUUUUUCUUAAACAUUUGAUUUUCAACAUGCAAAAGAAUUCCGCUUCCUCCAAGGCCUUUCUGCACUGAGGCCUGAAUGCAUAAAUGUCAGUGUUUUAAUUUUAAACUCCUUCAGUUCUGGCCAGGCCGAAUAUAGUGAGUGGCCAUUACUGCUGGAUUUUAUCUGUGUAUAACCUGAGGGGCGUCACCUACUGUCAAAAUUAAACCCAAACUGUUAUUGCA